GACAAGUCUGCUGAUAGCAAAGAAGCAACUAAUCAAGACAACACAUUGACAGCACCACCACCACCUGAUGUCGUGGAGCUCUGCAGGGAGACAUUUCAAAAGACGGCAGAAUAUUUAAGAGGAGAAUUAGAUGGUAGAUACAAAUGUUUUUAUUUAUAUUUAUCUCAACGAAAUUCCAUUUUUCAUUUAAAUCUGCACAUAGUUGUAAUAAGUUCAAAUUUUAUCCAAGAUUGUCCUGGAAGUACAUUUUAUUAUAACUUUUCAAAUUUUUUUAAGAAGAUCAAUAAAUUUAUUUUUUACUAAAAAGAAGACAUUGAUCAAAAAUUAAAAUUUAAAAAAAACAUUGAUAAAAAGGGGAUUUGGAGUUAGUUAUUUAUGUUGAAGUAAAGUAAUGUAGAUUGCAAAAUCUCCUAUUAAUCACCAAGGUUGCUAGGCCAUUAAAUAAAAUGUCAGUUUCACAAUCAUAAACAACAUCACAUUAGAAAUGAAGACACUUUCCGGACUGGUUUACCUAAGUUGGAAAUAAACCAAGGUAAAGGUCAUCCUGAGAACAUUUAUUGUUGACUAUUAACAAAUUUAAACAACAUUUACCUGUUAAAAAGUUAUGCGCCAUACUUUUUUUCUUUACAGUCAUUUUAAAAUUGAAUUCUUAAAUAAUUUAUAAUUGGGAUGCCUUUUCCUCAAAUAUAAUAAUAUUCACGCUGGUAGACAGAAAAUGUGUAAAGAGUCUUAGUUUCCAUGACUUUGAGAUGAUUUAUUGCUUCUUCAGGAACCAUUGAAGACUAUAAAUUAUUGGAGAGAAUGAAUAAAGUUACAAUGACCAAGUACUCAGAGAUGAAGCACAUUGCACUGAGUAUAAGCGGAGCAUUGAAGGAACUCAAUGAUAAAUGUAUGUUUUUAUAAUUUAUUUAUUAUGCCAGAACUGAAAUUCUAGGAAUUUAAAUUUAUGAAGAACUUGAAAGGAAUCUGUCUGCUUGUAUCAGAACUAAAUUAUAGAAUAAAUAAUUUAAUUUUUUUAAAACUGAAUGAUAAGUUCAUUUAUCUUCAAACAGAGCGUUGGGUGUUUGGAAAAAUCAAUUUCUUUACUGGUUUUGGUAUUCUUCUAUGGAGUAAGUCCCAAUCCAUUUCCCCCUAAUUCUCUGAUUUGUGAAAGAACAUAACGCUCAGCAUAAACUUAGUCUUAAAUUAUUGCACAACACAAGUGUGCACGUCUUAGUUGUUAAAAAUAAACAGCCCCCAUCAUUUUCACUCUGCAAAUCCUGAUUGUUUCUAGAUAAAAGCCUUCAGCCAUACCUGGAGCAAAUAGAUCAGAUAGAAGAAAGUGUUACGACCUUGGAGCAGACGGCCUACAGUCUGGACCAGUACUCCAAACGUUUA